CAGCGAGUGUACACCGGGGAGAGACCAUUCACCUGUUCCGUGUGUGGGAAGGGAUUCAGGCGGUCAUCCUACCUGCAGAAACACCAGCGAGUUCACAUCGGGGAGAAGCCGUUCACCUGCUCCAAGUGUGGGAAGGGACUCAGUGAUUCAUCCGAGCAGCUGAAACACCAGCGAGUUCAUACCGUGGAGAAACCGUUCACCUGCUCUGAGUGUGGAAAGAGGUUCACUGAUUUACCCGCACUGCGGAUGCGUCAGCCAGUUCACACCGCGGAGAGGCCAUUCACCUUUUCUGUGUGUGGCAAGGGAUUUAGUGAUUCAUCCUCCCUGCUGACUCACCAGCGAGUUCACACCGGGUAGAGGCCAUUCACCUGCUCUGAGUGUGGGAAGGGAUUCACUCGGUCGUCCCACCUGCUGAGGCACCAGACAGUUCACACUGGGGAGAGGCCAUUCACCUGCUCUGAGUGU